CACACUAGGAUCAGCGCAGGCACUAAAUUCUCAAGGUACUUGAAUAUAUUCCUAGCCGCGCUGUAGAGGAACACUUACCAAUAUGAACAGUAUGUCUGAUUUUAAGAAGCCGCCACCGGAACAGAAGGAUGAACACGGAUCCUUCAUAGAAGUCCAAAUUUACGAUGGAAACCGAAACCAUGGAAGUCGUUAAAAGAUAUGCCCAACCUGUGCACUCAGCUUCAACCCCGGAGUCAUCCAGCAGUGCCGGUCAUGAACCAAGCAUCCACCACAGAAGCUCACGUUCAUCACACAAAAGCUCACGUCCAUCACACAAAAGACAAAGUUCAGCAUACAUAAACAUUGUAACAAACCAGGGAGAAGAAUCAAGCUCAAGCGGUCAGCCUUCGUCUAGCCAGACACAAAGCACUACAACACCUCAGGCCCUGAGCUCAAGCUCCUUGCAAGGAAGAUAUGGAAGUGGGACCCAUUAUGGAGCUUAGGCUAUGAUAUCGACGUUAAGCUGCGAUUAUAAAGAACCUUCCUACCCUUGCGUCAACCGUGCUACCAGAAGCCAAGGGAGAAAAAACUGCUGUGAUCAAUAUCCUGUUGAUUCAUAUCCCCAGAAGAGCAUGUAUUGCCAUAAAGUCAAACAAGAGUUGAGGGAUAGUCGUGGCAGGGUAAAACAACAGGAGAUCCUUUGUGGGGAUCCUGAUGUGGAAAAUGAGAGCUACCUCAACAGGAAUUUCAUUUGUUACGCUUGCGAGCCUCCCGAAAAGACACUUCGAUGCUCUGUUACUGGAUGCCGAUUUGUGGUGCUAGGCAUUGUAAACGACGAAGUCGCAAACUGGCAAUGCAAAAAUCAUCGUGGAUGCACAAAUGAAGUAAUGGGGUACGUUCAUGAUCAAGCACGGCAGAAAAUGGUUCUCGGCCAAACCCAUUUCGCAGUGCUUUCUUCCUUUGAACCCUCGCCACCUCAAGGUGGAAUAUUGGAGGACCGUAUAGUAUCGUACUCAAAAAGAGGUAAUGAGUGGUAUAUUAUGAGCGACGGAAGAAUUGCAACACCUACUCGACAACACGCUCGAGGUGGAAUUUUCUUGCAGCGGCCGGAUCGUUGUGAUAUCUAUGGACGACCAACCACACCUCACCCCCAAGGCUAUGAGCCAAUGACAGCAACAGCACCAGAAGGUUAUUCAUCAUAUUUCCAAGAUACAACAUACACAGAAGAACCACAAAGCCACGAAACAGAUGAACCAACCUUCGCAACACAGCCGGUAACUAUGCACGAAACCCAAAGAACCCAAUACGCAACGGCGCCACCAAAAUCGUUUGCGCGGAGGGAUCCUGAUUCUGGAUAUACUGGCGAAGAAGUACCGGAGGCCAAAAGACAACGAAGAGGAUAGGAGCCGGGAGAUAUGGUUUUGAGACGUGCAGGUUUUGAGCGUAAAUACAGGAAGAGAAAUUGUCGAAGGAAUACUCAGAUGACGAUGAGGUUAUUCCCUACAUGUAAUUUGGUCCAUUCUUACCAAAUUCAAUUAAAAGUCGUUGUUUUCACCUCUAUAAUUCCACUCAAAACCACACCAACAUAUAACUAACCUUCAAAAAACC